AUGUUUUUUGAAAACCUUUUUGGGGGACAACUCAUGGCAGUUGUGGGUAGGGAUGGUAAUGAUCAAAUGUACCCCAUAGCUUGGGCAGUUGUAGAGGGAGAGAACACAAGUUCAUGGGAAUGGUUCAUUACAAAGUUACAAGUCCAUUUACAGUUGGAAGAUGGUGAUGGAUUAGCCAUACUAAGUGAUGAAAAUCAGGCUAUACUCAGUACAGUUGCAAGGUUGUUGCCAAAAGCAGAGCACAGGCAUUGUGCCAGGCACAUCUUUGCUUUGUGGCAUAGGACCUUCAAAGGUGAUGAAAUGAAGGAGCUUUUUUGGAGAGCUGCCAAAUCAUAUAACAUCUCAGACAUGAAUGAAGCACUGGCAAAUAUGGAGAAGGUCAAUCCUUUGGCUGUUGUGGGGUUCAAAAGCUACAAUCCAAAGGUAUUUUGUAGGGCACACUUGAAAGAUACUAUGAAAGUAGAUGUGAUAGUGAAUAACCUUGCAGAAACUUUCAAUGGGUAUAUAAUCAAUGCUAGGGUGAAACAUUUGAUAUAUAUGCUAGAGGAUAUUAGGGUUGCCUUAAUGCAUAGACUAGUUAUGAAAAAAGGUGAAAUGGAGAAGUCCAGUGCAAAAAUUUGUCCUAGGAUUCAAGUUAAACUUGAGAGAGAGAAAGAAUUGGCAGCAAAUUGCCUCCCCUGUCCUUCUUCCACAACUUUGUUCCAAGUGAACCAGUUUAUAGAUAGCUUUGUUGUUGACAUAGAGAAGAGAACUUGCACAUGUAGAAAGUGGGACAUGACUGGCAUUCCAUGUUGUCAUGCUGUGUCCUGCAUUUACUUCUGCAAUAAAGAGGCAGAGGACUAUGUUGCUGACCACCAUAAGAGGGAGAUGUACCUAAGAGCAUAUGCAUGGUCCAUCCCACCAUGCACAGGUGAAAGGCAUUGGCCUGUAAUGGCAUGUCCACUUACCCCACCUCCAAUAAAGAUUGGGCCUGGUAGACCUAGACUGAACAGGAGAAAAGAUCCAUAUGAAAAUCCUAAGAAACCUGGAAAAUUGACUAGGCAUGGGUUAGAAAUGACAUGUUCAAUUUGCAAGGAGAAGGGACACAACAAGAAGAGGUGUCUUAACAGAGACAGACCUGUUCAGCAAGAGCCACCAAUGAAGAGGCCAGUAGGUAGGCCUAGGGAUAACACUAGAUCAACAAUCACAACACAACCCUCAAACACAGCCCAACCCAUAAUAGCAGAGCCCUCAAGAACAGGAAGAGGUGGCAGGGUUAUAAGGGGAGGCAGAGGGUCAAGAGGUGGUAGAGCUGGUGGUGAAGGAAGGGGUGGAAGGGCUGGUGGUGAAGGAAGAGGUGAAAGGGCUGGUGGUCAAGGAAGAGGUGGAAGGGCUGGUGGUCAAGGAAGAGGUGAUGGGUCUACAGGAGACACUGGGGCUGAAAGCAGAGGUAGGGGAAGGGGAAGAACCAGAGACAGAGGCAGGGUUCCUACUGGAUUUGGUGUAUUAUUUGGUUCAGAUGGGAGUGCUUUCACUAAUGUUCCUAGAGUAAGGGCAAGGCCUACACCUGUGGUGGUUCCUUCAUUUGCAGCAAUGAAUAAUCCACCUUCAACUCAAGAAUCAGUAAAUGCUCCCCAUUAGAAGCCCAUGUGAAUUCCUUUUUUGCAAGUCCAUGUGAAGCCCAUUGGUGAAAGUCCAUGUAAAGGACUAUGUUGCAAAUCCAUGUAAAGGCUACUGGUGAAAGUCCAGUCCAUUUGAAGUCCUUUUUUGUCAAGUUUAGUUUGGUAUUAGGAUUGAAUUCAACUAACUGUAACAUUUUGUGACUUGGUUUAUUAAUGAUUAAUUAGUUGAUCACCAUUGCAAACAUUUUGUGGCUAAUGGAUGAGUGUUAGAAUGCAAGGACUGAAGGACUUCAUAUAUUUCACUUUAAAUG